ACCAAAUAAUUCCAAAAUGACAAAAUUUUUCGAAAAGCUUUCAAAUGAUUAUAUAUUUGUUAUGUCUUAUAUGUCUAAUGGAAGUCUAAAUGAUUAUUUAUCUAAUAAUUUUAAGGAUGUUACAUGGAAAAUGAAACUAGACUUUCUUAGGGAUAUUGUUAUAGGCAUUAAAUGGAUUCAUAAAAAUAAAAUUGUACACCGCGAUAUACACGAUGGAAAUAUAUUAAUAGGUAAUUUGAAAUGGUAUGGUCCUGAUUCUAGAACAUCAAUUGCAGAUUUAGGGUUUAGUUGGCCAGCAAAUGAUGAUUUAGAUAGGAUGAUUAUGUGGGAACUUACAACGGGGUGUCGCCCUUUCUGUGAUCGUGCAUAUGACUCAUAUCUUGCACUUGACAUAUGUGCUAAAAUGUUUCGUCCAAAUAUCACAAAAGAUACUCCACAAUGUUGGGCUAUUUUGAUGCAGAAAUGUUGGCAUUCGAAUCCCUUAAAAAGACCAACUAUUGACGAAAUAUAUGAUGAAGUAAAUUCUGCAUAUUGGGAUGAAAAUAAAUGUUAUAUAAAAGAAGCUGAAAAUAAACGACAAGAAUUACUUAGUGCCGGGAAAUUUCUUGUUAAAUAUAUGCAUCCUCAUUCUAAAACUCACAGCAAAUUAUUAAAUCCUACUAUAGACUCUAUGCUUUUAGAUUUAUUUCAAG